UAUUUUAGUACUAAAAAUGUUUUACCUCUUUAAAUAUUUAUAUCAAAAUCACUAUUAUUCAACUCGAAGGAUAGGACAAAACGAAUAAGUAGACGCGGUUUCGCAUGCGCGGAGUUCAGAGAGUCCUGGAUAUAAGGUACAUGAAAAUAUUACGACGUUGUCUAAAAACUCUUAGUGCAUGGCCCAGUAAAGAAGUGGGAGAAAAAGGAUCUAAGUAUGAUUAUAUAGCAAAAUGGUAUAUAAUCAUAUUAAACUUAAUUUGUUUACCCCCUGGCUUGCUUUACAUAAAAAAGCAUUUCGGGGUAAUCGACUUUCUUGAAUUGGGUCACACUUAUGUAACUGUUUUUAUAAACAUAACAUCUUUGUUUCGUCUUUUAUUGAUAUUUAUGAAAAGCUACAAUGAUCUCGUGGGCGAUUUCAUUAAUAAAAUUCAUUUAUUUAACCACAGACACCGUUCUAAAUUCGCAAUGCUGACUCACAUAAAAGUCCACAAAGCGUCCCAAUUUUUUACGAUGUACUUAAAUACUAUGGUAUUAAUUGGCAUACUCCUAUUCAACAUUACACCGAUAUAUAAAAACAUAUCGUCUGGUGCAUUCGCCAAUUACAAAACCGAAAAUGUGUCAUUCGAACACUCUGUCUAUUUUGAACUUCCCUUUGAUUAUAAGCAUAAUAUUAAAGGAUACUUGGUUAUAUUCAUUUUUGAUUGGUAUAUGUCAUUCGUUUGUUCCUCCUGCUUCUCAAACUUUGAUCUUUUAAUGUCAUUAAUGGUUUUCCAUAUCUGUGGGCAUUUGUUGAUACUAAUUGACAGUCUCAAGAAUUUUCGGAAACCUACUAAGAUAGUGGUAAACAAUAUAGAAUACGAAUGGUAUUCUGAAGAAGAAAUGAAGCUUGUUUCUCGCGAUUUGCGAAACAUUACUAUACAUCAUAAUCUUAUAGUUGAAUUUAUAGAAAAAGUUUCGAAAACUUUUGGACCUAUAUUAUAUCUUUAUUAUAUGUUUCAUAUUAUAAAUGGAUGUGUAUUGCUCUUGGAAUGUUCUCAAAUGAGUGCGGAAGCUUUAGCUCGUUACGGUACUCUGACUUUCGUUGUUUUUCAACAAUUAAUUCAAAUUUCAAUUGUAUUUGAGCUACUGGGAAUAUCGAGUGAUAAGUUAAUGAAUGCUGUAUACUCCGUACCUUGGGAAUCUAUGGACAAUCCAAACAGAAAGAAAGUUUAUAUAAUUCUUAUGAGAAGUCAAAGAUCACUCGCAAUUAAAGCAGUAGACAUGGUUGAUGUUGGAGUACAAACUAUGGCCUUGAUAAUAAGAACAUCGCUAUCUUAUUUUAUAAUGUUACGCACAUUCGCUUGAGCUGACCCAAAGUGAAGAUCGCAAUCUAAAGGUGACAAUUAUCUUUCAUCUUUAAACUGUAACAUUUAACACUUUCUUCAAUCUACAUCACAAUCACAAUAAAUAUGUAAUAAAAUUUUAGAACACUUU